AUGCCCUUCCUCAAAUCUCUUCACUUGGAAGGACUUGACGGCAUAACAAGUAUAGGCCCAUCUUUUUAUGGCAGUAGUAGUCAAAGACCCCUAAACUUGUUUCCAGCCCUUGAACAUCUCAUUCUAGAAAAUAUGCAAAAUUUGAGGGAAUGGACAGAAGCAACUAUUCAUGAUGGGAUAGUAGCGGUGUUUCCAGCCCUUGGUACGAUGAGGAUUAUUAAUUGCCCUCAGUUAGCUACUUUUCCAAGUCAUUUUCCACGUCUCAAGGAGUUGAACAUCAAAAAAACCCAAAAUGGAUCAGCAUUAAUGACAUAUAUUUGUAGCGGAGUCAGCACUCUCACUAGGCUUUCCAUUGAGAGUGUGAAUGGGCUCACCAAGCUACCAAAUGUGUUGUUCCAGAACAAUCCCAAGCUUGCACAUCUCGAAUUACAAAAUUGUAGUGAUUUGGCCCAAUUCUUGGAUUUUUCGUUUGAUGUUCCUCAAACUUUAGAAGGACCAAAUUGCCAAUCAGUACUUGAGCACAUUGGCAUUGACAAUAAUGAUCCUCAACAUUUGGUUGGCCUUGAGUCGCUGGAGGAAUUAAGAGUUAGUGGGUGCGACUCGCUCGAGUCAAUUUCAAUCCCCAAGGGACGCAAAUACCUCACUGCCUUGCGAAAAUUAAGGAUUUUGUUCUGCUAUAGGUUGACCCACUUGUUCAUCCCCCAAAUAUCUGAGUCAGAGUGGAAUCCCACGUCUUUACCUUUCUCCUCCUCUGGUACUUGUCCUUCUCCUCUUCCUCUUGAGACAUUGAUAGUAUCCUUUUGCCCCAGUCUUAUCUCCUUCCCAGUUGAUUUAACCCGAACACCUUCUCUCUUUUCCCUGGUCAUACCAGAAUGUGAGAAAUUAAGCGACUUGCCCAAGGGGAAGCUUUGUUCUCUUACAAGAUUGAGAAACUUAGAAAUUGGACCAUUCUCAGAAACCACCACAGAGCUACAUUCCUUCCUAGACCUCUUUGAUGCUCUCCCACCACCGCACCCCUACUUCCCCUCCCUUUCAAAGUUACGUCUAUAUGGAUGGCCUCAUUGGGAAUCUCUGCCCGAGCAACUUCAGCACCUCUCUGCCCUAACAACUCUUGCACUAUAUGGUUUUGGAGUAAAAUCAUUACCCGAUUGGUUUGGAAAGCUUUCCUCACUUAAAUAUCUCUAUCUCUUGCGUUGUGAAAAGCUAGAGAAUUUACCCUCUCACCAAUCUAUGAGAAGCCUCACCAGACUAGGAGAUAUGUGGAUUUCGAGCUGUCCCCUUCUAAAGGAAAGAUGCAAUCCAGAGAGCAGCAGCACCGACCCCAAUUCUGAGUGGUCCAAGAUCUCUCACAUUUCGCUCCAUUAA